UUUUUAGGGUUCCGUGUGAUUUAUAUACAUAAUGUCAUCGGAAUACUGAUUUCUUUUUUGAGACACCUGACGUGACGAGGGUACUGCAAGUAGAAUCUAUGCUUUUGUUAUUCUAUAUAGGUUGAUGUAAAUAGUCUUGAUCGCUCCAAAAACAUGUUCUCAAAUUAAUGUAUAUUAUUAAAAGUAAUUACUUAUUAAUGUCCCAUAACUUGACAUUGGAUAAAGCCGAGCCGGGUUAUUGAACUAUUAAUUUCAGACGAGCAGAUAAUAGCUGAUAUUUUACGUCAUAUGCUUAGCUGGAAUUAUCUCCGGAUGAUGGCCAUUCGCGUCUGACAUCAGGUUUUUACGCUCGCGUUAUUGUGUUGAUUAUAGAAAAAAUAUUCAGUGACUGCACAAUGCACCGAUUAGUACCGUGUCUUGUUGUGAUGUUGGGAUCAGUUCUUAGUAUAAGAAUCAAUUUCACAAACUGCCAAACGCCAGAGUGGACUUGUAUAAACAGUGUUCCUAAUGAGAUAAUUUAUAAUUGUCAUCGCGCAACCACUAAUGAUUUUAUAAUACACAUCAAGGAUUACUACACGGACCACAUAAAAAGCGUUAUCGUGCAAAAUUGCAGAGACCUUCGGGUGGUGUUGGACUGCCCCUUGUUGCAAAGAGCUUCUCAAUUAGAAAGGUUUAAAAUAAAGGACUGUGACAGAUUAGAAUUUAUUUCUUUAUCAACAAGUUCGUUGCUACAAACGCCGCCUGAGGUUACUAUAGAAAAUGUUCGAGAAAUAGUGUCCCUCCCGAGGAACUCGUUCAAAUCUCCUGUGACGAACACUGAACUGAAAUGUCUGGGAUCGACAACCCUGAAAAAAUUACGAAUCUUCAAUAGCAAAAUAAAUACGAUCAAGACCAAAGCCAUUCACAACGUAACCGGAAUAAAAGUCAUUGAAUUUGAAAAUGUAACCGUAUCUGCCAUAGAGAAUAACGCAAUAGAAACUUUUAUGGAUAAUGAUGAAUCGUUGUUUUCCAUACGUAAUAGCAAAAUUGAAAACAUUGGUUCUAGAGCGAUUACAGUACGCAGCAAAUCCGUUUCCAUAAUAAACAACGAUUUUGAUGAUGUUAUGAAUAAUGUGCUAAAUAUAACAGCUGAUGAUAUACGUAUAGUAGGAAAUAUAUUCAAAGCUGUGAACGGUCUAACUUUAAAGUCAGUCAGUAUAGAUAUGAGCUACAAUACAAUAAAUACAUUCAAAAGUAACGCACUGACAAAUGUUAAAUGUAUAAGAAAAAGAACAACGAAAAGGCAAUUUGUGUUUACUGGAAAUAUAAUUAAUGCGUUCGAUCCAUAUUCUAUCAUAUUUGAAUACAGCAGUUGCAAAUCUUUCGGAGGCUCGGUGGUUAUAAAAGAAAACAGAAUAGAUUGCAAAUGUCGUAACAUCGCAUUUUUGCAGACUGCCAGUACCAACAAAGAAUUGAAUAAUUUAAUUCUAGAUGCGACAUCGAACAACACAUGUCUCAAUGUACCCUGUUCACUUCCAGUGGACGUGGUGAGAUUACUACUCGAAAGUCGAAUGUGUGAUCUGAAUUUAGACUCUCAAGUUAUGUGCUUACUAUAUAAUGAUAGGCUAUCUAACAAUGAAGUUACCACAGAUGAGGACGUAACAUUACCAACCCCCACUUUCUACCUCAUAAGAGCUGCCAAUUCGCAAAAUGGUGAUGCAAGUGCAGCUAUGACCGCGAUAGAUAAGGAUGAUAUACUAAAAGAAAGUAACUUAAACAUGACCAAUCGAACAACAGUUAAAAUCGUAUUCGAUUCUUCUAGGGACUUUGUUGAAACUUUACGUAGUACCGGCAGUAAUAAAGAAAAUGAGAUUAAACCAAAGGAAGAUUCAGAACACAGGAAUAAAUGCGUCGGUGAACAGUGCAAAAGUAUAUUUAUCAAUGACAGACAAAAAGCUUUAGACUUCUAUAAAUAUGUUUACGCACAAUUGCGGUCACCAUUGCACAGUACUGAUAAGACGAAGACCUGAUGAGAUGUUUACUAUUAAUAAUUAAAUAAAUAAAUAUUUUUACUAAAA